AUGCGGCUAUCUUCACUCUUCCUCUUGGCUGGCGCGUCACUUGUGUCUGCACAGUGGGGCGAUUAUCUCAACCGUGUUCUGGGCACACAGAAGCCACUCGCUGCGAAUGUUGAGGAGGUUGACCAGCACAUUGUGAUCGAGAGACGGGUGCGCAAUAUCACAUCCGAAAACUGGCGAAGUUCCAUCAACAAUACUGCUGUCGCUGAAGGUUCUGACGUGACCGAAACGGCCGAAGAGUGGUAUUUCUACUUUACCACAAGUAACGUUAACGGUACUCGGAACGCGACGAAAUGGGAUGGGAUUUUUGAGGAAACAACUGUUCAGCUCGCUGCUGCCCAGAACCUUGCUGGCCCCGCCCCCAAAAUCAAUCUUGGAAGAAUCGACUGUGCAUCGCCCGAAGCCACGGAAUUAUGUCAGACCUUCCUCUUGACAUCUCAAGGUAAACUUCCGGAGGUUUACCACAUUGCAUCCUUCGCGAAUGGCACCGUCGAGAUUAGGGAAGUUCCUUGGCCCGUUGAGUUGAUCGACGGAGAGCAAGCGGCACAUUUAGUAAAAUUUCACACUGAAGCGGCGUGGAAGAGUGUUGACGCCUGGUCGGGUAUCCUCAAUCCUAUUGACGGUGCGCUAAAAGACUUCGUUGUGCCUUAUAUUUCUACGGCCAUGUUGUAUUAUGAGACCCUCCCGCCGUGGGUCAUGAUGGUUACGAUCAGUCUUUUGGGAAGGACUAUUAUGUCACGGAUAACUAGGGGUGUCACUACAACCCCACCAAGAGCCCCCGCGCCUGCUGCUGGUUCUUCAUAA